GGCGGCGUAAGGAGGGCCCCCGCGUCCAGCCCUCCCGCCUUCCUCCCCCUCGGACGUGGCGGGGGCCGGGCCGCGAUGUGGCGGCGCUCCGUGUGCGUGGGCCUGCUGGCCCUGGCGCUGGGCUACCUUUGCCUGCUGGGCCCCCCGCUGCCCCCUGCCGUCCUGCAGCACCUCCCCGCCUCUCUGCUGGGCGGGCUGAGCCGCGCCGGCUCCUUGGAGAGCCGCAUGGUGGCGGCCUGGCAGGCGGCCAUCGUCCGCCCGGCGCGGGGCUGGGGGCGCGUCGCCGUCGGUGUCAAUGCCUGUGUCGACGUGGUUGUGUCCGGUGUGAAGUUGUUGGAGGCACUUGGUCUUAAACCCGGCUCGGGAAAGAAUCAUGAUGUCCUGAACUCCGGACAGGACCUGAGAGAAGCAUUCACUCACUUCAUGGAGAAAGGAGCGGCUGCCGAACGCUUCUUCAGCGACGCAGAGUCCUUCCAUCACAUCGCACAGGCUGCCUCAGAGCACCCUGGGGCACAGCUCUACGUUGGAGGCAAUGCUGCUCUCAUUGGUCAGAAGCUUGCAGCAAAUCCAGACCUGAAGGUCCUCCUUUGUGGCCCAGUUGGUCCCAAGCUCCAUGAACUACUAGAUGACAAUGUGGUCGUGCCACCUGAAUCCAUGCAGGAAAGAGAUGAGUUCCAUCUUAUCCUGGAGUAUCAAGCAGGUGAAGAGUGGGGACAAGUGAAGGCACCCAACGCCAACCGCUUUAUCUUCUCCCAUGACCUAUCAAAUGGUGCCCUAAAUAUGCUGGAAGUGUUUGUGUCCAGCUUGGAGGAGUUUCAGCCUGAUCUCGUGGUACUUUCAGGACUUCACAUGAUGGAAGGCCAGAGCAAGGAGAUGCGACGCAGGCGACUUAUGGAGGCAGUAGCCUCCAUCUCUGACAUUCCUACUGACAUUCCUAUACACCUGGAGCUGGCCAGUAUGACUGAUCAGGACUUUAUGAGCAACAUUGUGCAUCAGGUCUUUCCCCUGGUGAACUCCAUUGGUCUGAAUGAGCAGGAGCUGCUCUUCCUCACACAGUCAGCCUCUGGUCCCCAUGCAUCCCUGGCUUCCUGGAAUGGCAUCCCUGACGUGGGAGCUGUCAGCGACAUCCUCUUCUGGAUCCUGAAGGAGCACGGGAAGACUGCAGACCGGGCCUCAGAUCUCACACGGAUCCACUUCCACACGCUGGCCUACCACAUCCUUGUCACAGUGGAUGGGCACUGGGGCAACCAGGUGGCUGCCGUGGCUGCCGGAGCCAGAGCAGCAGGGGCACAGGCCUGUGCAACUGAAACCAUCGACACCAGCAAAGUCUUUCUUAAAGCUCCUCUGGAGUUUGUGACCUCCCAGAUAGAGGCACCUUCCAAAAUAUCCUUAAAUCCAGACGAGCCGGUGGUGCAUUGGCACAGAGAAGGCAUCUCCUUCCAUUUCACUCCUGUUUUGGUGUGCAAAGAUCCCGUGCGGACCGUGGGACUUGGGGAUGCUAUUUCAGCUGAAGGACUGCUAUACUCAGAAAUAAAUCUUCAGUAGAAGACUGAGAUCCCCUUUGUCUCCAGUACUGUACGGUGUCUGAGGAGCCGUGCUGUUAUUAGGAUUUCAGCCAGUGCUGACAUAGGAAUAAAAUCAGGGUACAGUGUAUUUUCUGGAUAUAACAGAAGAGCCAAAGAAUAAUUCCAGGUGUAAACUGUCAGAUACAUUCCAGUCACUUUGCAGUGACUAGAACACGUUUAAGCGCGGAGGUUUUUGUAUUUAAUGUGAAAAUUGGCUUUUCUUUGUCUUAAGCGUGUGGGGAGGGACACAAAUAAUCAGAAUCCACAUUUGCAGCAGGUCUUGCUCUUUGUAACUGCACAUGGGCCUUGUCUGCUAGUGCUGGGAAGUGUAGCAGCCCUGAGAGCUUCCUCCCCAUGGAUCCCAGGGAGAGCACAGUGCUGCUCAGCCCUGCCUUGCUUACGAUAAAGUAAAAAUAGAAAGCUCCUGCAUUAUCUCCUUGCAGCACAUGGUUAGGUGGCAGGAGCAAACCUUCCGCUCGCUCAGUGUGCUGAUGAAAUCCGUUCCUGACAAAAUUACCUCUCAACCUCAGUGCCCCUGCAGCGGAGGGAGCCAGAGCCUGCAGAUAUGACGCACGCUGUUCCCACUCCUUAAAUGCACGGGGAAAGGUGGGCUCGAGGCAGUGUAAAUUAUUUUGGGUAUCUGUUGUUUCUGUCACUGACAGGAUUCAGCUCGUUGCCUGCCGUUAGUCCUGGGGCAACUGAAAGUGAAGAUAUUUAGGGUUUAUAUUUGGGGAGACUGCUUGAUUUUUUUUGUCGGGUAAAUGACAGAACGUUACCUGUGUCUGCUACGUGCUAAAUGCCAAGAGCCACAGGUGCGGGGGGCUCACUGCUUGCUCACUUUGCUAACAGCUGCUUACACGGGGUGUUGUGCAGCUUACAGCAACCUGUUGAGUGCGGGAGACUCAUUUUUUGUUUGGGAACUGUUGUGCAGUUUCUCUGCCUUCUAUUCAGAUGGAUUUAUUAGGGAAGGGCCCUCAGAAGCUCUAAGUGUUCAGCAGGGAAGGCUGAUGCAAGGCACCGGGUCGCUGGGCUGUCUUUGCUCUGAACAACCUUUGAAAUUAAAAGAAAUAGAGCUGUGUCUCAUCAGUCCAAUUGCAGAGUACCACGGCCUUGCUAGUUUAGAAGUCUUGUUUAAUCUGCGUAUUGUUUAAUACACUAUUUAUAUAUAUAUAUUUUACCUUUUGGUAGUAGCCCGCCACUGAUUACACAGCAUCACUAUUCUUUUUGUCUCUUCCAGCAUAGCUUUGUCCACUUCCAGGACCUAUUUCCAUAGCUAUCAUACGGAUAUGUUCAGUGUGAGUGGAUUCAAUGCAGCCAGCAUGUCCGUGUGAGCCUGUGCUGUACCAGGAUUGUAGGAGGUCAGUGUUUGCAUGCGAGCAGCAGGGAGGAGAGUCAGGAUCACUUGGGCUGGAGGGAUCUGUUUCAGCAAGGCUGCUGUAUGGCGUUGUGUGUUCUCCUGGUGGAAAAUGCCAUUGUGAAUGCUCUGUAAGGACAAAAACUGACAGCUGUUUGAACUUGUAUGGAUGUCACGCAAGAUGUUAUAUGCAAUAUGUAUUUAACUGCCCCUCUCCCUCUGAGCAAAGUCUUCUGUGUUGUACCAGAGGAGAAAUGGUCAGUGCUGUGUUUUCCUGUUGUGUAUCCCAUCCUGGCCUUCCGCUGACUCUCAGCAUCUAUCUCAGUGCAGGAUCUCCAUAAGACUGGAAGCCUUUCUCUUCAGUGUCUUUUUAAAGUUAUUAUUUAUAAGCUGCAGUGCGGGACUUGGAGCUCUGGUUUAGUCUUCCUACAGGAAAAGAAAACAAAUAAAAAAUGUCUCCUGACAACCGUCUGA